AUCAUAUAUAAACCCAUCAAUCAUAUAUUUUCCACCCUUCAAGACUUAACCACCACCACUGCCAUGGCUGAAGAGAGGCACCACCACGGCCACUUCCACCACAAGAAGGAUGAUGAAGACAGGCCUUCUGAAACUGUCUACGGAUCCGAUGCUCCUUAUUCCUCCGAUACUACUACUUAUUCCGAGACCGCUUACUCCACCGGUGGCCCGGGCGCCUACGGCAGUGGCCAAGGCGGGUACGGCGUCGAGACCACCGAUGUGGUUACCACCACCACCGAGUCCGGUGUCGACUACGAGAAGGAGGAGAAGCACCACAAGCAUCUCGAGCACGUCGGGGAGUUCGGUGCCGCUGCUGCUGGUGCUUAUGCCUUGUAUGAGAAGCACAAGUCAUCAAAGGACCCAGAGCAUGCCCACAGGCACAAGAUAGAAGAGGAGGUUGCAGCUGCAGCUGCAGUUGGAGCUGGAGGAUUUGCCUUCCAUGAGCAUCAUGAAAAGAAAGAGACAAAGGAAGAAGAGGAAGAGUCUCAUGGAAAGAAGCACCACCAUCUUUUCGGAUGAAAAGAGGAGAUCGAUCUCUUCCAGUUGUCCCUUGAUUAUUAUUAUUAUUAUUAUUGACUACGUUGUUUUUCUUUAGUUUGUAUGUUGUGCUUAUACCACCAGGAAGCAGCUACCCUAAAUAAUACCUGUGUGGGAGUGAGUUUGUGAAUGCUUCCUUGCUUGGUAUAUGUCCUUGUAAAAUCUAAGGGUGUGAUCAUCUAUCUGAUGCAUGCCCUUAUUUUCUUUUCUUUUUUUCUUUUUCUAUCUUUUGUCAAUGUUAAUAAUAAUAUUUCCUUUCAUUGAA